GCUGUCGAAACCAUUGCGAGACAACGACCGACUCGAGGGAUAGACGGAAGGGGAAGAGAUCUUAUGGUCGCCGACGCCGAGAGGCGCAUGGAGUCGCUGCGGCAAAAGAUCGAGUUCUGCGAGGAGAUACUAAGCAACCCGGAGGCGGCGUGGGUAAGCCGUGUUACGGCCAUGAAGCAGCUCGAGACCGCCGUGAUGGGCAUGGCCACGACCGACGGCGAUCGCGAUGGCGCCAACUUUAACGCGACGCCGAUCGUGGGCCAUCUGCUCGUUCUUGUCAAUGGAUUUCUGCAUACGCUUGCCGACUGUCGACCGGCCGUGGCCAAGCAAGCGUGCAGUCUCGUCUCGUCGCUCGCUUGGCUGUGUGGCCCGCCGCUGCGACCGCUGUCCGAGGCGCUCCUCCUCGCCGUGUUCCACCUCGCGACAAAGAAGAAGCAGACCCAAGUCAUCGCGCUCUCGGCGCGCCAGUGCUUGCACAGCCUUACCAAGGCGACACGGUACCCCGUGGCGCUGCUCGAGCGCGCCUACAAACAGGCCAAAGACGACGGCGACAAGCGCAUGCUCUGCGUCUCGCUCAUCGUGCUUGUCCUGCGCUUUUGGCCGCCGUAUGAAGUCCUCGAGCGGUCCAACUACAUGGCGAUGCGGCGUGUGAUCUUACAGAGUCUCUUUGACGACGACGCCGCCGUGCAGUCCCAAGCCCGUCUCUCGCUCUGCCUUCUCUGUGAAUAUGGGCAAGAGAACAUCCGCUUCCUCCUCGAGCAACUGCCGCCCGAGCUCCUUGCGUGCAUUGCGGAUGAGUUUCCCGACUCGAUGCUGGCGCAACCGCCGGCGUGCCUCGAGUCGCCGUCCGAAGACGACGACGACGACGAUGACGAUAUCAUUUUAUCGCCAAUUCUCGAGCUCGACGACGAAGACCAUGAGUCGGACGACAGUGUCUUGCGCCGGCGUAGUCUCCGCCCGCGACCGGUACUGCCGUCGCGCGACAUGUCGCUCGUGACGCUGCGCAAUGCUGCAAAGCCACUGGAGCUCAACUUGGAACUCUCGUUUGUGAGUCUCCCAGACCAUCUCUCGGCGAUCACGGAAGGCGACGAACCGCCAAGCGCGUCGUCGACACCUCUCAAGCCGUCGUUAGCACCGCACAGUGUGUUGCCCGUGGGCGCCCCGCUGCCGGCGCGUAGCAUCCCUGAGAUCAAGCCACCGUCGCCGUCGCUCAUCCCACGCCCGUCCUCUCGUCUCAAGCUCCAGGUACAAGGCCUGCCGUCGUCGCCAUCACCGACACUACUUGCGCCACCACCCGCAACACCAACUGCGACGCCAGUCGUGAAGUCCGCGCCGCCGCGAACAACAGAGACCCAUAUCGCCAACGCCACUACACGUACGGUGUCUGCGCUGGCUCCGUCACCUUUGCAGCAGACGACGCUGUCGAUGCCGGCUGCCGUCGCGGUCACUGGUACACCUGGUCAACUGGCGUCACCGAUGCCCGAGGACGUGACACCCACCCGCGACCCGCGCGUCCCAACGAGCAAGCCAUCGCUUCGACCGCAACGAACGACUGUGUUUACGCUCUCACCACCACCGUCAUUGACCAAGCCCAAGGAGAUGGUCGCGGCUGCACCGGUGGUUGAGAUCGUUCCGCCAGUGGCACCGCGGACGGACGCAGUACUGGAAGAACGCCCUGCGUCAGCUCUCUUGCAAGAGCUCUGGGCACCGCGACGCCCGUCGUUCGACUCGGAGCCGGACUCGAGCAUGUCUUUUGAGUCGUCUCUCGGAGCUGGAAACGCCCGCGAACAGCUCUUUGGUCCGAGCUGGAGCGUGAGUACGCUGUCGCCCAAGGAAGCCAACUGGGCAGACGACUUUGACUGCAGCGUCCAAAGCAUUGGCAGUCACCUUCGUGACGAUGACGACGAUGACGACGAGGCGCUGCGUCUGCUCCGCGCCGAAUGGGUCCAGCCGACAGACAACGAGCUUCGCCCACCGUCACCACGGUCGCUCCGUCCUUCGCAGCCACUCGAGUCGCCAGUGAACGUGUCGGUGGAGACACCAACCACGGUCGUUGUGCCAACGCCGGCGCCACGGCCUCUUGGUGCGCCAGAGUCCUCGCCCCGGCUGACAGAGACCUCGUCCCCGCCGACGACAGCUAGUCUGCGACACCAACCUCGGGUGACCCACCCAGCGAACUCCGAGGUCGAUGUACUAGCAGUACGACGGCCAAGCGCGAUGGAGGUACCACUGCGAGUGGCCACGGACGCCAUCAACUCCUCGGUGCUUCACGAAGCCGAGUGGGCGAUGGAGCCGCUGUCACUUUGCACAAUCAACAACUCGACGCCAGUGGUCACGCAUGUCACAAAGCCCCGCACGUCGUCGACCGAGAUUCCGCUGCGGCAGCGACGUCGGGUCGGGUCGGGCACGUCAUCCCGCAGCAGCGACGCGUCACUGAGUGAAAUGCCAGCGCCGGUGACGAACCAGCCAUUGCAAGAACCAAAGACGUCACCAACGACCCACCAUCGUCGCUCAACACUUGGUCCUGUCGCCGAACCCCGCUACGAUCCAAAGACGCCAAAGCUAACGCCAUCCAAGAAGUACCAUGUUUCUCAUGGACGUCUCGUCGGGCGUGUGCCAUCGACGGCGGUGGCGCCACCACCUGCCGACGUUCGGCCGACGACGUCCAUGCCAGUGACUGCUGCGACGCCGACACUGCGCUCGCUGCUCGUCGAAGCCGCGCUCACACUCGUGUGGUGGCUCAGCUUUGGCUUUUGCGUCUAUGGGCUUUUGGGUGCGAUCGAGGCGUAUAGCGCACGCAAGGUCGCCGCACUUUACUCGGAGCACUUGCGUCCGGCGCUCGAAUUGCAGUUUGAGGUGGCGGCGGCGUCAACGUCGUUCGAGCUGCAGCGGCUUGUGGCGUGGGUCCACACGUGGCGCGCCGACAUGGACGCGCAAGAGGCGGCAUUGCCGUUGCUUACGCAUGUGGCCGCUUGGACGACAGCGUCGUUCGACGCGCUGGUGACGCAGAUGCAAGCGACGGUGCGCGUCCAGCUCGAGGGGCCGUCCACUGUAUAGACACGCAACAUUUAUAUAUAUUUGUGGUCAAUCUUGUCUAUGCA